AUGAUGCGCGCAAAGAACAAGGGCUUGGACGACUCGAUCUGGGCGUCCAGAGGAAAGUCAUCAAACUACUACAAUUCAUCAUCAUCAUCAUCUUACCGUUCGAGACCAAACCCGCCAUCGACGUCUGUCAUAACCCCUGCGACGCCGCAGCCCCCUUCCCCAACGAAACCCAGCCGCAACGACUCUGUAAAUACCAACACCAACACCAAUCCUUCUCCUCCUCCUCCUCCUCCUCCGACACCUACUCCCGCCUCGAACACUCCCCGCUCAGUCACCCCGAACCCGAGUGCCGCUGCAACCAACGGAACCAAGCCGCCCCCCUCGUCCCAGCAAGAAUUCAAAAGAUACAUACAGAUCGUCCGCCGGCUGAAGUGGAAACUCCCGUAUCUCUCCCACGGAUACCACCUGGCAAUAGCGAAGCCGGGAGACCCGCUGUUCGGGGGAGAGACGAACGCGCAGGAGGCGGAGCUGAUGUUCAAGCUCGACUUUUACGAAUACUACAUGCUUCUCGAGCGCGCAUUGGUGCAUCUUCUGGGCGUCUUUGGGGCCACCGUCCCCCGGGACGCGAGCGAGCGGUGGAUGCCGCCUGCUGCGAGGAAUGGGGCAGCAGGGUAUUCUACGCAUACGUACCACGAAAACGUGCUCGCCGUGCUGCAAAGGGAGGAUAAUCCGUUACGCGAGGCGCUGGGGUCGGGGGAAGUGCUGUUCCACCUGUCCCGCGCGAAGGAGCUGCGGAACCGGUGGAAGUAUGCCGAGGAAGCGUCUGGCGCGAAGAAGGAGGAGACGGGCAGGAGGAGGGAGCGGGACGGGACGGCUCCGCUGGAGAGCUACGACCUUGACAGGAUUUUCAUGCACGUGUUUGCCGGGUUUGACGCCGGGUACGCUAUUGCCGAGCGGCGGGUUGCGGAGGAUUCGGGGGUGAAGGCGGGUGAGAUGGGUGGGUAUGAUUUCGGGAAGGAGAUGGAGAUUGAGGAGGACGAGUUUGAUUUCAUGGUUGAAGCUAUGGAUUGGGAGGCUGUUUAG